AUGCCGCAUUCUGCUUUGGAAAUCAAUUAUUUAGGCUGCCCUGAUUUCAAGGCGAGGUGGCUGUGUGUGUGCCUGUGGGCAGCGUUAGCAGCCACCACCGUGCUCCUUGUCAGAGCCAUAAAACCACCCCACAAGUGGCUGAAGCCCAUGACUCAGCUACCCAGGCGCCAGAGGCCACGUGUGUCCCUUCUGCAGGUUUUGCAUUUCAACCAGAGUUUCCAAACACACAACCCAAGAGAUAACGACUUUCGAGUGAUAACCCACGCACCCACGCAAGACACGGAGUUGCGGGGAAGCGCCGUUUACCUGCACGCACCCCCCUGUGCGCUCCCUCUCCCUGGGCUCUCUCGCUCCCGCCUCAACACAAGCCGCCUCCGGCCACCCGCCGGGGAAAGUGCCGGCAGCGCUGCGGGCCGGACAUCGCUGCGGGGCGGGCAGGGCCCGGCGGGGGCGGCAGUUCCCACAAAACGCGGCUCCCGCCACUGGCCAUGCCCCGCCGCGCUGCCCCCGCUCCGCCGAGCGAACUCCCGCCGCUGCCCCGCAGUUGUGUUUUCACCCCGGCAAAACGGCUGCGAGAGGGGGGAAACCCGCGCCGGGAGCGGGGUCUCAACGCGCCCCUCUGUGCAGCGGCGUCCCGCGGGCGGUGCCGAAGGUGAAGCCGGCACGGAGGGAACAAAGGCGGCGGGGAACAAAGAGCGGCAGGCGCAGACAGGCACACCCGAGGGCUUACGGACAACAACAGAUGUUCAGCAGUACGUUCCUCUGCCUAGCACAGUCACCAAAGCAAACGGACUGCAAAUCAGAGUGACUUCCCCACGUCUUUCAAAGGUCUUUAUUAAAGGCUGGAAAUGGGAGACAGAUGAAGCUGCUUUGCCUGUACAGUCUUACUUCAGGAUACCAGCAUCAUGUGAGAUUUCCUGCGUGACGGUGCUGCCCACGUGGGUGAGAACUGCUUAUAAAUCCCACGUUUUUGGGAAGAGCAUGAAACAGUUGGACUGAACAUGCCCUCAGUGGCUGAGGAUUUCUGGAGAGCAGAGAACCCACUGCACAGCGUGCAGGUUCUGCAGUCGUGCAGGAUGUCUUGACCCGUGCAAGCGCUCACAGAGUGAAUCCACCAAGACUUCGGCUACCGCACCUCUGGAAAUGUUUAGUGAACAGAAAGGAUUUAACCAGAGAAACGCAGCAGGUAUAUGGGAGCCUCAAGUCCAUCUAUAAAUGCUAGCACUUUCAGGCACUCUGACACACCCCCCACAUCCAUCCCCAAAAUUUUCUAAUUAACUUUAAUCACCACAGAGAGCCAAAGGCUCAUAUGUGCUUUCUCACACAGGUUUAUCUUUAUUGUCAUCUGGAAAGCUGACUAAUUUACUCCAAGCAAUGUGAAAUGUUUGUGCACACAAGCUGGGAAUGCUGCUCCUCACAACCCUACAAAUGGGGCACAUUUCCAGAAUGUCCUUCAUAGGUCCCUUUUCAUUUUUGCCACAGAUUUCUAUCCCCCUGGUUUAGGUUUCGCUUUGCCCACACCGUACCUGCCUCAAGGAUGCCUAAAAAGUUUACGGUGGCCAAAUGCUGCAGGAAGAAAAAAGAAAUUAGUGUGUCCUGAGCAACACUCCACAACUUGGAGCAGGCCUCUGUGUGCAAGAGCCAGUUGUUGGGUUGGUUGUCCUUGCUCCCAGCUCCGCAUCCAGACCACCCUGGCUACCAAGCUCCACGCCAGCCGGGACAAUGCUGGGACCUCUGAAUAUUUUCCUACUCGUCUUGGCUCCUCCUUUAGCUCAGCAGAUACAGUACUGUUGGUGCACAUUCAUAAAUGCUGUGAUUUGAUGCACAGAUUUGCACAAUUUACGCACUUACUACAUGUAGUAAACCUCAGGUCUGGUGUGUGCAUACAGAUGCAUUUAUCCAAUUGAACAUUUAGGAGUAAUUACUCUAAUUGCCUAGCUUGACUUGUUAAGCCUCCCAUUCUGAAGCUGGAAUUCAUUUACCUAAAAAUGCUCCAUCUUCAUAGUCCCCUUCACUCAUACCUGUCACUGGUGCAGCUGAGGACUUCGCCGUGUCCCCUUUCUCGGAGCAACAGAGGUUGGUGGUGGCCAGGGCUGCUUCACCCCCAGAGCCAGACGCAGGUGUCACAGGCAGUCAGGUGUCUCUGCUUGCACAGUCCCACAAUUUCUAGCAGAAAUAUAACGCAGCUGCAGCUUGGCAUGUGCUCCCUUCUCCGUCCCUCUGCCCCCACUCAAUAACCAGCAGAGGCUGUAGAAUCCUGCAAGCUCUGGCUACGCAACGUGGGCACCUGCACACGUGUAUGAGCUAAUCCCUCCGUGUCUGCAAAUCUCGUUGAUCUGUGUGUUCACAGCUGAACCUGCAAAUGAGAAAACACCACGGUUCAAGCACAAAGCUGCAAAGACCUUGGUGUUAUGAAAACCAAGCCUCUAGCAUACAGGUUGUAACUUCACGUUUCAACUAUUUAGAUAAGAACACGCCACCUAUUUUAUCGCUCUUUACAAAGGCUCGGGUUUAAUCAUUGAUGUGCCGAAAGGAGAUACGCCGUCAUUCUUGCAAUAACUCUGUGCUGCUUGUGCUGAGGUGAAGGGUCCUGAAGGAAUGGAGCUAUUCUGACCAUUCACCAGCUCUUCCUAAGAAGCAAGUUUCGCAUGACGAUCGUGCGCUGUCCUGCUCGGCCUCCCCCAGCAGCCUUUUCCUAAGGGGAAGAAUUUUUACUUUUACCAAACUGCAUGACUUUCCCAAUUCUUUUCAACAGAUGUAGAAAUUAUCCUCAAAAAAGUAACCAGUGUGAUCCACAAUGGAUAUACAGCUUUGAACCACUGCUCUUCCUUAGCUCUGCAAAGGCAUUAAGUUGUGCUUUAAAGCCAUGACAUAAUGAGGAUUAUUUAAAAUAAAUAGCACAGAUGCUUUAUGGGCAUUCUUCUUAUUCUGGGUUCCGGACAGCUGGACUUCCAGCAACUUUUGCAUUUCUUUGGACAGGUGGAAAGAAAAAUGGAGCAAACUGAUGCUCUUUUAAUUCUCUGAAACAGCUCUAAAGGAGAAUUGCCUGUUUACAGCACAUAUAAAACAGGCAAUGCUUCAACAUGAAGUUUUGCGGUGUUGCCCUUUGGAAAACUUAUUUAAUAUGUUUGUGGGUUUCCUGCUUCUGUGUAAUACACAUUCCAGACUCCCAGGAGUAAUAACAAAUAGCCUCCAUGGGAUGCCACAGCAUGGUGGCCCAGUAUGGGAACAAAGCUUUCCUUGGAAUUCAGAGGUACCUGCUCCUGCUUGGCACCAUUGCUCUUUACCACUAGGUGGCUUUUCCACCCAGUAGUUCGUAUGGCUUUUGAGUCACUACAAGAACAAUAAAUCUGCUCAUAAGGGCAACCAUCAAAUUGGUGGAAAGAGAAGAAAGCUAAGACAUCCUUCAGCAGAUGAACUCUAAUUCCCCAUGCUUUUACAGUGAAAUCUUUACCCAUCCUUUGUCUGUCCUUCUAAUGUUUUAUUUCAAGUUACUUACAGCUGGCUAGUUUGCUUCUAGAUUUUGAGUAGCAUAAGGUAUCUGCUCAGAUAUAUUUCUGUAUAGCUAUGAAACUUUGCAAAGUAGUCCAUGUGUCUAAUAUUAUGAUGGACAUUCUUAUCGUUCAUCAGAAUAAACCAAUUAGUAAUACAGUAAAAAA